GAGAAUAAGGUGCAACAGAACGGAGCUAGUCAAAUGGAAGGCAAAAUGAUAAUAUUUCUGAGGAGGUGUAUCUCUGUUGCUAUUUUGAUGAUGAUCAUGUUUAAUUUUGAUGAAAUGUUUAGAUUUUGACACACGAAUCAUUAAAUUCACAUUUAUAGUGCAGUCGAAUCUUAAAAGCUUUCCAAAUCCAGCUUAAUCUUUGGAUUUCCCUUUGCACUUGAGAGCAUCUGACUUUCCAUCGUUUGCAAUCUGUGGAUGCCCUGCGGUUAGCGCAGUUUGUUUUGAUCUCAUGGAAUGAUGGAAAGAUACGCUUGCCUAGAUAUCCACCACGAUCAAGGUCGUCAGUUUGUUAAUCCAUCCUCCUCAACACAGAAAUUUAGUUCCAUCCUUACGGAGAUUAACAAUAGGCGAUUGAGUAUGGGAAUCGAAAGGCAUUAAUGGCAGUGGUUGUUCAGAUAAAAAACGAAUGCAAGUGUCAUCCAUCCAGAGAUUUUCUCCGUCUCGAACGUCAAGAUCCCUUUGAUAAGUCAAUUCCCACUUGCGCUAAAAGGAGCACCAAGUUAUCAACUCCUUUUCCGUAAACAAUCGCCACGGCCUGUAACUUUUCCCCAUCCGCUGCUUUUUAAGCUUAGUGCCUGCUCUGUGUCGCCUGGUGAAAGCAUCAAUUACCACCUAGCCAUCCACCACCUCUGCCUGCGUCUGCGCUGCUGAGAUUUUACAAGUUCCCAUAAAUUCAAGAAGGAAGGUUCCUUCUUUAUCGAAUAUGACAAAAUGUUGGGGAAUCCUUGCCGCUGAAGAGGAGUGAGGAGAGGCGAGGCGGGAGCAGAAAUGGAUCUUGAGAGCGGACACUGUCCGAGAACUUUCAAGAAACAAUCUUGGAGGUCGGUUCUGAUGCUGACCUACCAGAGCUUGGGGGUAGUUUACGGGGACCUUAGCACAUCGCCUCUUUACGUUUACAAGAGCACCUUCGCCGAUGACAUCGAGCACACGGAGAGCAACGACGAGAUCUAUGGCGUCCUCUCCUUCGUUUUCUGGACACUCACCCUUAUCCCCCUCCUCAAGUACGUCUUCAUAGUGCUUCGCGCGGAUGACAAUGGCGAAGGUGGCACAUUUGCGCUCUACUCUCUCCUCUGCCGCCAAGGAACCAUUGGCCUCUCGCCCAGUCACCAGCUCGCUGACCAGGAGCUGUCCACUUACAAGAAAAAUGAUGACACCGUCUCUAGCAUUGCGGCCUCGGGUAGUGUCACUUCUGCCUCAAUUAUAAGAAGAUUACUAGAGAAGCAUCAGGCCUUGCAGGUUGCGCUGCUAAUUCUUGCGAUGAUCGGGACUUCCAUGGUCAUUGGGGAUGGAAUCCUCACCCCUGCGAUCUCUGUUUUCUCGGCAGUCUCGGGGCUUGAGCUUUCUAUGUCCAAGGAACAUCACAAAUAUGUUGAGGUACCAAUUGCAUGUCUCAUUUUAAUCUGCUUGUUUGCGGUGCAACAUCAUGGUACUCACCGACUGGGAUUCCUUUUUGCUCCAAUUAUUCUUAUUUGGCUAUUAUGCAUAAGUGUAAUUGGGGUGUACAACAUUUUCUACUGGAAUCCACACGUAUAUCGUGCCCUUUCUCCGUAUUAUAUGUAUAACUUUCUGAAGAAGACUCAGAGAGGAGGGUGGAUGUCACUUGGUGGAAUUUUGUUAUGCAUAACAGGCUCUGAAGCUAUGUAUGCUGAUCUGGGGCAUUUCUCCCAGUUGUCAAUAAAGAUUGCAUUUACUUUUGUGGUCUACCCAUCCUUGCUGCUUGCUUACAUGGGGCAAGCUGCGUACCUCUCUCAGCAUCACAUUGUUCGAACCGAUUAUCAAAUUGGUUUCUAUGUUUCUGUCCCAGAGAAUAUAAGGUGGCCAAUCAUGGGAAUUGCUGUUCUUGCGGCCGUGGUCGGAAGCCAAGCAGUCAUUACAGGUACUUUUUCCAUCAUCAAGCAGUGCUCUGCUUUGGGAUGUUUUCCAAGGGUAAAGAUAGUACAUACAUCUUCGAGAACUCGUGGUCAGAUAUACAUACCAGAGAUCAACUGGAUUUUGAUGAUACUUUGCUUAGCUGUUACUGUUGGUUUUCGUGACACAAAGCGCCUCGGCAAUGCAUCAGGGUUAGCAGUCAUUACUGUUAUGCUGGUCACCACUUGCUUGAUGUCUCUAGUAAUGGUCCUCUGUUGGAACAAGAGCAUUAUUCUCGCGGUAUGCUUUGUUGUUUUCUUCGGUUCCAUUGAAGCACUCUUCUUCUCAGCCAGUCUAAUUAAGUUCCUUGAAGGAGCUUGGGUUCCCAGUGCACUGUCUUUUAUGUUUAUUGCUAUCAUGUUCAUCUGGCAUUACGGCACGAUUAAGAAAUAUGAGUUUGACCUUGAAAACAAAGUCUCGCUCAAUUGGCUCCUAAGCAUAGGUCCGAACCUUGGCUUUGUACGCGUUCGAGGCAUUGGUGUGAUCGACACUGAGCUUGUAUCAGGCAUUCCUGCAAUAUUCUCCCAUUUCAUCACCAACUUGCCUGCAUUCCAUCAGGUUGUCGUAUUCCUCUGUAUUAAGUCGGUGCCAGUGCCAUACGUCCAACCUGAGGAACGCUUCCUUGUUGGUCGUGUUGGCCUCAAAGAAUACAGGUUAUAUAGGGUUAUUGUCCGGUAUGGGUACCAUGACAUUCAAAAGGAUGAUUCAGAGUUUGAAAGGGAUCUGGUUUGUAGCAUUGCGGAGUUCAUCCGUUCAGAAGGAUCGAAACCUGUCAGUUUGAGUGAAGAAACUGAGAACGGCGAUGAGAAAAUGACCAUGGUCAGCAUAGAUUCAAGGAUCCGAAAAGAGAAAGUUGAAUUAGAAGAUGCACCAGGCCCAUCAAGAGAAAUACUCGUGCAGGUUCGAGUGCCCAAAAAGCAAGUAAGAUUCGCAUUGCCCGAGAGUCUGCUAAAAAGAGAAGCGAACAAGGAAGAGUUGUUGGAACUAAUGGAGGCUAGAGAAGCAGGAAUGGCAUUCAUUCUCGGGCACGAGUACAUGAGGGCUAAGAGUGGAUCGAGCCUCGUUAAGCGACUGGUGAUUGAUCUGGGUUAUGAGUUCCUUAGAAGGAACUCUAGGGGCCGGACCUAUGCAUUUAACAUCCCUCAUGCUUCGACACUCGAGGUUGCAAUGCUGUAUCACAUUUGAACUCCAGGCAACAGACAGAUGUGUUAGAUUUUGUCAUGUGAAAUGUAAAUGGUGAGGUUGUGAUGAAGUCAGUCAGUAGGAGGUUCUCUUUUGCCUCAGCUAUACUUGUACAUAUGAGCUGGUCUGUUUUGAUGUGGCUGCUUAUGGCUAAAUAGAUUAUAAUACAGCACAUGGUAUACCAUUGUAUAGGAUGCCCUCUUUGUUCAGUCAAUUCUUAUUGGAACAUGUAUUGUUAAUGGAUUUAGAUAGAUCAAAAAGGCUAUGCUGUGGAAUUCAAUA